GAGUGGACUCUCCGUGUGGGGUGAAAGGUCAGGGUUCGAGCCAGAGAGAACUUCCUAUUGUCGUGCGCGCGGCGUGUAGCUGUCGGCUGAUUUUCUCUAAGAAAGAAAAAGUUAUAGAUUUAUACGCCUUGUAGAAUUCCAGCACAUCCAAAUGAGUUUACCUCUGAAUCCUAAGCCUUUCCUCAACGGCUUAACCGGUAAGCCCGUGAUGGUGAAACUGAAAUGGGGAAUGGAAUACAAAGGAUAUCUAGUGUCCGUGGAUGGAUACAUGAACAUGCAGCUGGCCAACACGGAGGAGUAUGUGGAUGGUGCUUUGGCUGGUCAUUUAGGAGAGGUGCUCAUAAGAUGCAAUAAUGUGUUGUAUAUAAGAGGUGUCGAGGAAGAGGAGGAAGAUGGUGAAAUGAGAGAGUGAAGGAGCGGUGUCCUUAUCGUUCUUACCUGAAUACAUAGUUUGCAAUUUUUUUAUAUAACUUGGCUGUGACAGGUGAACCAUUUUUCUGUUUCUUUGUGUGUGUGACGGCAAAUCAAGAUUUUGAUCUUUGCAUUAUUUUCUUACACAAUGUUCUACCAUUGUCCUCUUUUGGAUGGAGAAAUAAAAUUGUGAAU